ACUCCCAUUUUCUUGAGCUUUGAUGGAGAAUCCAGAAGACUUUAUGGUUGAAGAGAGAGAAGAGUACAUGAUUUCAUCAACUGGUGGAAACCCAUUUCUCAAAAUAGCCUGCUUUCUAAAACCUACUUCGUCAUCCUCCAUAAAUGAACCUCUUUUGAAGCUUACUCAUUGUUUCUCCUCCCUCCGAUCACAUUCUGAGCCAAACAAAUGGCCCUUGAAGGUUCAAUUUCGCGGAUGGCCGCCAGGCCGAGAAGAUUGGAAAACUUGGGUUGGUCAAAUGGCUUCUGUUCACCAACCCACAUGGGAGAAAGCUGGUAUAUACGAAGCAAUCACUAACUCAACGUACCAUAUAAGAAGAGAGAACGAUUUGGUUUAUGGGUUCGCUGAGAAAUGGUGUUCUGAGACCAAUACUUUCAUUUUUCCAUGGGGUGAAGCAACCAUCACAUUGGAGGAUGUUAUGGUUUUAGGGGGUUAUUCUGUUUUGGGAGACUCUGUUUUGAGCCCUCUUGAAAUCCCACGACUGAAACAAAUUCAAAAGAAACUACUUGAAUUGCGAAAAGAGAUUUGCAAGAGUGCUGGGUUAAAAGAAGUUUCCACAAACUUAUGGCAGAAGAAGUUCAUGAACAGUGGGAAUGAAUUCGAGCACGAAGCAUUCCUUGUCUUUUGGUUGUCCAGGUUUGGGCAUGGGAGAGAUUCUUGGAACUUAGGCCAAAGCCCAAUGGUAUCAAUUAUGCAGAGCCAAGAAUGGCUAGAUGGGAUAAAGUAAACGGCCCGAAAGUUCAAAACUUGAGAAUGGUUUUAGACUCAGCUGGUGGAGAUUUCCAGUGGCGCCCUUAUGCCAUGGCCGUUGAGAACAGGAAUUUGCCUAAAUGCUAUCCACACAGGGAAAAGUGGGUUUGUGUUGGUCCUGAUUUGGAUGAUGAGUUACUGUCAUUUGUUAGAUGCUUGAGGGUCAGUGAGCUAGUUGGACUUGGUACUAUAGAGCAUUACCUUCCGCAUCGCGUAGCUAUGCAAUUCGGAUAUGAUCAAGACCUUCCGUGUUCUGUUUCUCGACCUAAUCACAAUUCUGAUAUAGCCUGGAAGCAUUACAACAAGGAAAUCAAGAAUGUAAAGUUGUAUCUUCCAUGCAGGCUCUUUGAGGCAGAUGUUACCACAAAGUACUUGAAGUGGUGGAAGCAAUCAGUUUCAGGUCUUGAAGAAGUCGCUGUGCCACGAAAAAAGAGAACAAAGAGAGUGAAAUUGUUAGUGUCGCCUGGUUUUCCUCCCAAACGUAAAAGAAUGGAAGCUGAAGAUCCUAUUGAUGAGGAUAAACUAACUGUAUCAGAGUUUUUGAAAUACUGUAAGAAGCAUGAGAACUUUGGGAUUAUACAAGGUAGUGACGGUGAGAAAUUAUCAAGUCAAGCUCAACAUUUUGCAUCGUCUCCAAUUGCACAAGAAAGUUAUGUUAAUACCAUGAAGUCAGAUGAGAACAUUGUAAGCCUCGUCAGUGAUGAAUUUCAGAAACGUCAGUCGGAGCUUGAAGCUAGAUUUAAAAGGAUUAAAAACGUUGUUGACGAGUUAUAUUUUAGGAAAAGCUUAUGAAAGAGGAGCUCCUAUGGGUUGGUAUGUCCGAAACCUGGUGCAGGGACAAUGGAAGAUGAGCACCCAACUCUGGAAAUUGAAGAAACUUGGUCUUGUGUACAUAUUCUAUGCAUUGCAUAUGCUGGGAUCUUUUGGUAACUACUUAACCUGUUCAUCAGAGCCU